AUGGCCGACGAUGAGGCUCACUCGGGUGAACACCCAGGAUUUAAUGAGUCUGUUGUUUCUAUACAUGAUACAGAGACUGGUGUUCUACCAUCAGGAUCUGAGGAGACCAGUGAUGAAACUAGUGAGAAGCAGCAGACCUCUGAAGCAGAAGUAGUACCCCCUUUCUGCCCCACAGUAUUCACAGACCCAUCUCCUGAGAAUACUCCUGAGAGCACCAUUUUUCCUCCCAUGGCCGACGAUGAGGCUCACUCGGGUGAACACCCAGUCCACUCAUCAACAUAUAGAGGAUCAUGGUCUUCAAUGCACAUAGUAGCAGGGGUUUUGCUCUAUAUGAUUAUAUGGAUGACAUCCUUCCCGAGUUGAAUAAAAAAUCGAAAUUCGGCAUCCGGUGCAUUACCCUCGGUUUAAAUUGUUGCAAGCAACUGUGUUGACAGUUGCAUAUGUUACACAAGAUUGCAGAGAGAGAGAAAGAAAGAGAGACUCGACAAUUUGUAACAAGAUUCUCGACAAAUUGGGAUUUGAAAUUAAGUAACAGACACAUUACUCUAAUUAUAACGAAAGAAUUUUGUUACAGUUCUUAUUUUAGAUUAUUAGUAGUGCAGCGUAAUAGUAUAAUUGCUCAUAAUGUCAGUUUAUUAUAAAUAAGAGUGUAAGACAAUAUUUCCGAUGCAUUGAUUAUUCUCUUUCUCUCUUCUUUUU